UGUCUAAACAUAUCAAUGCCUCUUGGACUAUACGAUAUAUUAUUUAUUAAGAUCAAUACAUGCGCAAUCGUUACCCCGAAAGCAGUUCGCGUAAACAUACAGAUACAUAUGCAUUUAUAAAAAAAAUGUUGUAAUAUAUAAUUAUUCAUAACACAAAAAUGAAUAUGACAAGUGAAAAAAAUAACAAAAAAUACAAAUUAGUGCCACCAGACGGAGGAUGGGCGUAUGUCAUUUUUGUGGCUUGUGUCUUGAUGUAUGCCCCAACGGGAGGGUUUAGACCUGCAUUUUCUUUGAUGUAUCAUGACUUGAUGGAAGAAAUAGGAAUGGCCAGUACAAAAACUGGUUUCGUGGCCGGGUGCAAUAUGAUGGCUUUCUCACUAUCAGGUUACUUGGCCAGUCCAUUGCUGAAAGUCAUGAGUGUUCGUCAGUUAGCACUAUUAGCUACUGCUUUUUACAAUACUGGUGCGUUUUGUUCAGCAUUCGCACAGUCUUUCACGACGUUCACGAUUUGUCAGUCAUUGUUACAGAACAUUGGGUACGGUAUACUAUACAAUUUGGUGUUCACGUGUUUGAAGGACUACUUUUCAAAGAAACGAUUACGCGCAGCAAUGUUUGUCCAGGCAAUAAAUGCUAUCUCCUCGGUAUUAGUGCCAUUCGUUAUAAAAUAUGCUACUGAUGUUUAUGGACACCGUGGAAUGUUGUUGAUCAUAAGCGCCAUCAGUAUGCAAGCUUUCGUUGGCGUCAGUUUGUUGCAGCCUGUAGCUUGGCAUUUGAAGAGAGAAGAAGUGGAAGAUGGCGAAGAAAUUAAUGCUUCAUCAAACAAAUGCAAUACCGAUGAAAAGGUGCCGUCUACUGAUGGACCGGACAAAAAGAAGGAAGAAAAUGAACAAUCUGUAUUGAAGGGUUUCUUCAAAAGUUUAGUUGAUGUGAAUGUUCUGAAAGAAUUUGGACUAACUCGUACUUGCUUUGGAUUAAGUACAGUAAUGGUAGCAGAUUUUUCAUUUUCCUUGAUGCUGACUAAAACUUUUUAUGCAAAAGGCAUGAGUCGAGAAUAUGUUACAUCGUUUACGUCAUUAAUAGCAACUGGAGAUUUGGCGACAAGGAUAAUUUUGACAUUUUUUUCUGAACAUUUGAAGAAACUGGGUAGUAAAGAGUUAUUUGCUGUUGGUAGUUUCGUAGCGUUCAUCGCCAGAUCAGGGUUCCUUCUGUCAGAAAGCAAAUCGUCUAUACAAGUAUUUUUAACUUUAACAGGAAUAGCUAGAUCAUUUGGCACUACUCUGAUCCCUAUAGUAAUUGCAGAUUCUGUUUCUGCUAAAAAUUACACAGCAAGUGUUGGCAUUAACUUGCUAAUUAUUGGACUCCUCAAUUUAUCAAUUGGGCCGAUUUUAGGUGCCGUGCGAGAUUAUACCAACAGCUAUGAAUUAGUGUUAGGGUUCUUAUGCUCUUUGUUUUUAGCAGUCUCUGUUCUCUUUGCUGUGGACAUAAGACUACAGAAAAAGAGGAGCAAAAAGGAAUAAUUAAAUUGCAUAUUUAGGAAAAUUUCUAUGAGACGUAGUACAGUGUAAAAUAACAGAAAUCUCAAUUAUUUAUAUUUCUGUGGUGUAAAGUAUGACAAAAAAUUAUCAUUAAUUAUUUCAAAGAGAUAAAACAAUAUGAUAUCAAAUAGUCUAUACGAAAUUAUUAGAUACCAAACAAAUUAUCAAUCAUUGUGGCAGAGUUCAAGAUUUAUUUAUUAAUAGAAUUUUAGAUUUUUUGUUUCUAAUAUUUCGGGGAAUAUAUGUCAAAUUAAAAAAGGAGUUGUUAGUAAUUUAAUAAAUAUUUAUCAUGUACUUUCUAACAAGAAAAACUACAUUCUCUCUCAUCCUAACCAACUUUUAGUUGCUUCAUCAAAGGUCUCACCGUCUAUUAGAGAGGUCAGGUACUUUAUUAACUUAGUCAGAUAAUUCGAACCAGGAUCUGAUUUCUUAGUCCUUACGUAUUGUUUUAUCAUAUCGCUUGCAUAUUAUCUCUAGACAUGUUUUUCUCUUUUCCAAUUAUUUAAAUUUUAUAAAGUCGUAACUAUUAUUUUAUUUUGUAGUCGUUUUCUUUACGUUUUUUCUUGUUUCAUUUUCAUCCUUUCCUUUAUGUUAUGAUAUGAUAGAUGUUAAUUUAUGAGACUCCGUUAAUUUGUCUAUUUUAAUAUCUGUCUCUAUAUUAUUUUUUAUUUAUACUUUUCAGGAUUAUUUUCUUUGAUUCGCUCUUUCUUUUUCUUCUUCGCAUAUUGUCGUUGUCGUUCUGUCGGUGUUUAUGGCAUUUUUCUAA